AUAACAGUUACUUUGUCAUUCUGUAAAAUUUGAAAAGUAAAUUAGGUACCAGCAAAUACAUUAAACAUGAUUUACCUGUCUUGAAGAAGUUGACCGAACAUUUUUUCCGGUUUAAAAUCGCACUCUGGUGAUAAUUAAAUUAACAGUUUGCAUACUCGAUCCACUUUUUUGAAAAAAAAAUGAUUUCUAGCGCAUAGCAGACGCCGAACAUUUGAAUACGGUUUCCCUUCGAUCAUCCAUCAGUUCAAAUGUUGAUGCACAUCUGUUUUAGGUUCGCAUGAAUUCAAUUUCCUGUUAUGAGGACCCGAGUAUGGAAUAUUAUACGCAUUUACUUAUUUUUUACUUUACUUAUUGUUCAUUUGUCAGCCGGAAAAGGCAAUACCAGGCGUAAAAGAUUGCUGCAUUUUCCAGAGAAAACCAACGUUGUGCUGACUAUGUCCUUGCUGAAAUUGUUUCCUUCCGAGAAUAUUCUCAAUACUUUGACAGAAUACGACGUGUUAUUUCCAGUUCCUCUGCAUCCGUAUAAACUUCCAAAUAAACGAUUCAAACGUCAUGUCGAACGAAAUGUAAUAUUUCAAAAAUUGGAAACAAUUGCCAAUAUAAUGGGUUUUGAAGGAGAUAGUAGUUUGGAAAAUUUCAUCUGCGCGAUUAAAAGUUCUUUUAACCAUGAAAGUAAUGUGCAAAAUGAUAAUCUAUUGAAAGACGUGGUGUACAUUCUCCUCAACCUAGAAAACAAUAAAGAAAAUUGUACGCAGCGGUGGUAAUUUGCACUGAAAUAGAAGAAAAUCUGAUCAUUUUUAAAAAUCUAACAAAUAACAACCUAUAAAUUCAAAGUUAUUACAAAAUAUGAAAUGGUGAGAAAAUUGUAAAAAAAAAGUCAAUUUAUUUAUGCAAAUUAAAAUAUUAUGUGAUUGAUUCAGAGAUGGCGCGAUUCCGAUUUUUUUAAGGAGUCGUGAGAAUCGCAUGAAUCCGAUUCCGGAAUCGGAUUCCAUUUUCGAUUCACCUGACAGAUGAAUCGAAAAAUGUGAAAUCUGACUCUUUUCAAGCAGGAAUCGCAAAUGUAAUAUGAUUCGCGAUUCCGGUGAUUUGAUUCUCGCGACUCCGAUAUUUCGAUUCUCGCGACUCCGAUAUUUCGAUUCUCGCGACUCCUCAUUACGAUUCUCACGACUCCUCAUUACGAUUCUCUAGACUCUCACAAUGAACGAAAUCACCCAAUGUACCUACUAUCAGAAGUGAUUAAUGCAAUUUUACAGAAGCUUACAUUUUAUGAAGAAUUUUGGAAGGGUGUUUCUUUUUUCUUUGCUGUUGCUUUUCCGAGGUUUUUCCUUUCCUGAGGAUGAUGCUGAAGUAGAAUUUUUGUUCUCCUGUGGAACAUAUAGAAAGCAGCGUUGUUGCGAUUCGAGUCGCGUAAAGAAUCGCUAAUAGAACCGCGGAGCCGCGGCUCUUUCGCGAUUCUCUCAUUACGAGAAUCGCAAAACACAAUUUUGCGGUUCUCUGCAUUUGCGGCUCCCAAAUUUUCAAGAUUACGCCAAAUAAAUGUGAAAUUUUACAGCUGACUUCUUCAAUUUUUCCCCUAAUAGUCCGGCAUAUGACAAUAGGAGUAAUUGCACCCCCCGCCGAUCCUCUGGGACAACUUUUUUCUUAAAGGGGACAUCCCAAGGAACAUUUUAAAGCAAACUUGCAAAAAAAAAGUUGGUCUGACUUACAAAACGAAGGCCAUUUUGAUUGACAG